AUGUCGUCGUUGAAGAGAUUAAAUGAAAUGGAUAAAGACACACCAACUACUAAUGAUGAUCCAGCCAAUAAUGAAAAUAAUUCAAAUAAAAAAAUUAAAUUACAAAAUGAUAAUAUAGAGAUAAUACCCACUCAAAAUUUUGCUAAAUUCAAACAAAAAGGGUUUAAACCAAUUAAUUCAAAAUCACAAUCUUCAAAAGAUUCAAAAGACUUGGCUCAGUCAGCAACCAUUUUUGAAGAUGAGUUAUCACAAAUGGAACAUGAUUCAGCCGAUGCAAUCUCAGAACAUUCUUUAAAACAAAUAUAUUGUCGUAAACAGAUUCCAACUGAUUUUGAUCCAAUGACUUCUGAUAUAUCUUUCCAACAGAUUGAGUCUGAACAGAGUAUCCUACCACAUAUUUCAGAUAAUGGUACUUCAAGCGUUGUUCGAUUUUUCGGUGUCACAGAGAAUGGGAACUCGAUAUUAUGUAAUGUUACAGGGUUCAAACAUUAUUUGUAUGUUCCAAUACCUAUCAAAAAUGGCCAAUUUGCAGAAGAUCCAGAUGAAUUAACCAAUUUUAAAAAUCAUGUUCAUCAACAAAUACCAAAUUGUAUCAGUCAUAUUGAAAUUGUUAAGAAGCAAUCCAUAUGGGGUUAUUCAGGUGAUUCAAAAUCAAAGUUUUGGAAGGUAUAUUUAAACGAACCUAACCAAAUCAAUAAACUAAGAACAGGCUUUGAAAGAGGCUAUUUCUCUUAUAAUGGCUGGUUUUCAAAUGGUACAACGACAUAUGAUAAUAUCGCUUAUAAUUUAAGGCUAAUGAUCGAUUGUGGUAUUGUUGGUAUGUCUUGGAUUACUUUACCCAAAACCAAAUAUAAUUUAAUUCAAGAAAAUAUGAAAGUGUCUACUUGUCAACUUGAAGUCACCAUAAAUUACAAAGAUUUGAUUGCUCAUCCUGCUGAAGGUGAAUGGUCACAUACAGCUCCAUUACGUAUUUUAUCAUUUGAUAUUGAAUGUGCUGGUAGAGUAGGUAUUUUUCCUGAACCAGAAUAUGACUCAGUGAUUCAAAUUGCAAAUAUCGUGAGUGUUGUUGGUGCAAAAAAACCUUUUAUUCGUAAUGUUUUCACAUUAGAUACCUGUGCCCCGAUUACUGGAUCUCAUGUUUUUGAUCAUAAAACUGAGGCUGAAAUGCUACAACAUUGGAAGGAUUUUAUCAUCGAAGUUGAUCCUGAUGUAAUGAUUGGUUAUAAUAUUCAAAAUUUCGAUUUUCCUUAUCUGAUUGAUCGUGCAAAAGCCUUGAAGAUUGAAGAUUUUCCUUAUUUUAGUAGAAUUAGCAACUCUAAACAAGUAGUGAAGGAAGCUGUCUUCUCUUCCAAAGCUACAGGUACAAGAGAAUCUAAAAAUACAAAUAUUGAUGGUCGCUUACAAUUUGAUCUGUUCCAAUUUAUUCAAAGAGAAUAUAAAUUAAGAUCAUAUACUUUAAAUGCUGUUUCUGCAAAUUUCUUAAACGAACAAAAGGAAGAUGUUCACCAUAGUAUCAUUACAGAUUUACAAUUGGGGGAUAGUGAAACCAGAAGAAGGCUAGCUGUUUAUUGUUUAAAGGAUGCAUAUCUACCGCUACGUUUAUUAGAUAAAUUGAUGGGUCUCGUUAACUAUACAGAAAUGGCUCGUGUUACGGGUGUUCCUUUUUCAUAUCUAUUAACUCGUGGUCAACAAAUUAAAGUUAUAUCACAACUGUUCAGAAAAUGUCUGGAAAUUGAUACCAUUAUUCCGAAUAUUACAAGUAAAGGAUCUGACGAACAAUAUGAAGGUGCUACUGUUAUUGAACCAAUUCGUGGUUAUUAUGAUAUUCCAAUUGCAACCUUAGAUUUCAACUCAUUAUAUCCCAGUAUCAUGAUGGCACAUAAUUUGUGUUACACUACAUUGUGCAAUAAGCAAAUUGUAAAUAGUUUAAAUUUGAAAUUAGAUGAAGAUUAUAUCAUUACACCAAAUGGAGAUUAUUUCGUUACUGAGAAAAGAAGACAUGGUAUCUUACCAAUUAUUCUGAAUGACCUAAUCUCUGCUAGAAAAAAGGCUAAGAAUGAUCUAAAAAAGGAAAAAGAUCCAUUCAAAAGAGAUGUUUUGAACGGUAGACAAUUAGCUUUAAAAAUUUCUGCAAAUUCUGUUUAUGGGUUUACAGGUGCAACAGUAGGGAAGCUACCAUGUCUGGCUAUUUCUUCUUCUGUUACUUCUUUCGGUCGUAAGAUGAUUUUAGAAACCAAGAAUGCUGUUCAAGAUAAAUACUCGGUUAAAAAUGGGUAUGAGCAUGAUGCUGUAGUUGUUUAUGGUGAUACCGAUUCUGUAAUGGUAAAAUUUGGUACAUCAGAUCUUAAGGAGUCAAUGAGAUUAGGUACAGAAGCUGCUGCCUGGGUUUCUACCUUAUUUAAGCAUCCAAUUAAUCUAGAAUUCGAAAAAGUUUAUUUCCCAUACCUACUAAUCAAUAAAAAGAGAUAUGCUGGGUUGUAUUGGACAAAUCCUGAUAAAUUUGAUAAAUUAGAUCAAAAGGGGUUAGCAUCUGUCCGUCGUGAUUCUUGUCCCUUAGUUUCCAUCGUCAUGAAUAGAGUCUUAAAGACAAUUUUAAUUGAUAGAAAUGUUGAUGGUGCAUUAGAAUAUGUAAAGGACGUUAUUGAUGAUCUUUUACACAAUCGCGCUGAUAUUUCAAAACUAAUUAUUUCUAAAACACUAGCUCCUCAAUACACAAAUCCGCAACCUCAUGCAGUACUUGCCGCUCGUAUUAAAAAGAGAGAUGGUAACGGCCCAAAUGUUGGUGAUCGUGUUGAUUACGUUGUUACUAGUGGGAAUGAUAAAUUGUAUAAUAGAGCAGAAGAUCCAUUAUAUGCUCUAGAACACAAUAUCCAGAUUGAUUCCAAAUAUUACCUAACAAAUCAAUUGCAAAAUCCAUUAACUAGUAUUAUUGAACCUAUCAUUGGCGAACGCCAAGCCAAUGCAAUGUUUUUAGUUAAAUCUAUUAAAAUUAAUACAGGUAAUAUGAAGACAGGUCUAAUGGGUUUCAUUAAAAAAGUUGAAGCUUGUAAAAAUUGUAAAACCUCAUUAAAAAAAGGUGAAGGCCCAUUAUGCUCUAACUGUUUAGGUAAAUCUAGUGAACUUUAUGUCAAAGCAUUAUAUGAUGUGAGAGACUUGCAAGAAAAAUAUUCACGCGUUUGGACAGAAUGUCAACGCUGUGCUGGAACUCUGCAUAAUGAAGUUCUAUGUUCUAACAAAAACUGUGAUAUCUUUUAUAUGAGAGUUAAAGUUAAAAAAGAACUUCAAGAAAAGAUGGAUGAACUAAGUAAAUGGUAA